GCUGACUGAUACCGGACAUUUAAAUGACAACACGAGGAAGUGACCUAGCAAAGUGAGGAGGAAGAGUCUCGUUGGUAAUGUAAACAGUUUUCUGCGCCCUGGCAAGAGUUCAGAUUAUAAAUUUACGGUGCUAUUACCCUCCCUGCAGGAGGAGAGCGUGUGCGUGUGUAAACCAUGGAGAAUUCAAACAAAGAGGAGUACAAGAUCCAGUCCUUUGAUGCAGAAACACAGCAGCUGCUAAAAACAGCGCUGAAAGAGCCUGGUGCGGUGGAUCUGGAGAAGGUGGCUGCGGUGAUUGUGGAUCAGUCUCUGAAGGAUCAGGGGUUCAGUAAAGAAGCUGGCCGGAUCUGCUUCACUAUCGUUCAGGCAGAGACCAAGCAGAGCGGCUCCAACGUGUUCCGGAGGAGCCUCCUGAACCGGCUGCAGCAGGAGUUCACGAACCGGGAGGAGACUCGGAGCAGGUCCCUGCAGGAGUGGGUCUGCUACGUCACCUUCAUCUGUAAUGUCUUCGACUACCUCAAGGUGAACAAUAUGCCCAUGAUGGCGCUGGUCCACCCCGUGUAUGAUUGUCUCUUCAGACUGGGCCAGGCGGACUCUCUGCGGAACGAAGAGGAGGUGGACUGCCUGGUGCUGCAGCUGCACCGCAUCGGGGACCAGCUGGAGAAGAUGGACGUGCAGCGCAUGGACGACCUGUUCUUCAUGCUGCGGGACGGCUUCCUGCUGCAGGAGGGGCUCAGCUCGCUGGCACGCCUCCUGCUGCUGGAGAUCCUGGAGUUCAGGGCGGGGGGCUGGCGGCUCAGCGAUACGGGGCAGAAAUACUACUACAGCGAGCUCACAGACUGAGGAGGGAGGGGCGGCAGGGACGGGAGCAGGGCUGGGGUUAGAGACGUCGGGCAUCAUCCUUAAACUUGAUUCACAGCUGCAGGUAUACGGUCAGCUUCAGCAGAUAUAACAUGACAUGUAUGCCUUUCAGAUAUAUAAAGUGUGCACACUUCUCUAGAUGACGCAAAGUCUUACAUUUUCCAAACCAGAUCUGACAGGAUUGACUCCUGACACCUCUAACCCUACAGAAAACCCCAGAAUGCAUCACUGUGACUUCUGAGCACCAGCUGAGUCAAACCAAAACAGAUCACUUUAACCAUGCUGCAGGCUUCACAGUUUAGUAAGAUGUUUCUUCUCACUGUGCAUGCAUGGGUCCAGCAGAUCUUUAAUCACAGGUUUGCCUUCCUUUUUUGAUGGGGAGGGGGAUAGAUUUCAAAAAAACAAAAAGUUUUUGUUUUAAAACUUGAGUGUUAAUUACACAAGUUUGUAGCACUUAACAGUGAAAAAAAAUCAAAUUGAGUCUGUUAAUGAACUGUAGCGUUGAACAAUUGGUGACCCGCCCCCUUCUGAACAGCACUGUCCAGCAGUGUUUGCAUGCUAUUGGUUGAGUUGGAAGUUCCAAAGCAGCUACAGAGAGGCAAGCCAAUACAAAGUGGUGGGCAGCACGCUUUCUAUGUAAAAGACUAAGCUCUGCGCUUUUUGCAGCUGUUUUAGUUUUGUAACAGCCCUGGUUGCAGUUUGACAGGUAGGUCCACGUCAGGUGCAGUGAUGGUCUCACGUCAUGGGUUGCAAUACACAUGCUGACAGAAGGGGGGUGCUGUUCACUGCCUCAAUACAUACCAUACUCUUCAUGUACCGUUUUGGGAUGUGAUUGGUUGCUGUACACAUAUCUAGGAAUAGGCUAAUGUAGAUUUUUUUUCUUAUAACUUUUCUACACUGUUUUUGAUACAGAAGUUUUUUUUAUUAAGCCAGGACUGAACCACUUUCUGGUGCUAAAAAAAAAAGACACAUACAAAUGUAAAUAAUUCUUGUUGUUGAUUGGAUUUGGAGUUGGAAGAAAUGUUACUUUUUCCACGUGGGAUUUUGUUUCCAUUAUCAAUUUUACGGCCAGUUCACACAAUCGUGUUGAUCCAGGAUCAGGGUGGGUGUCAAUUCCUCCCUUUCAAUUCCAUUUUAAAAUCAAUUCCCAAUUCCCAUUCCCUUUGAAUCAAUCCCAGCACAUCAUUGAUCAAAAUUGCAAUUAGCAGCAUUCUGUUAAAACGAGUGUCUCACAGUGGCAACAAAUUACUUCAGUUGAAGUCGCUGUUAGUCAAUUAAAUUGGCACAAAUUGAAGCAGUUGAACAAUCACUGCAAUUAUGUCUCUAAAAUAUAAAUUCCAAGUUGUCCACGUGCCAAGUACUGGGUACCCAGCACGAAACGAAAGCUGGUUUUGUUGCCAAUGCUUUCUCUUAUUUCUCGCUUCAGCAAUGGCCAUUGCCCAAGAUGCACCUGACUCGGUACACUGUACCUGUCCAAUUGCUUGAUUGUGUGGAUCGCCUUUAAGAAUGCAGUGUUCAGGGUUUGGCAAAACAGGCAGAAUUCAACCUUUUCUCUUUUUUGUGAUUUAAGGUUUUUGAGAUGUUUUCAUUUUUUUCUCAUGUAUAAGGUUAAAUAGAUCACAAGGUGUGAAUAUAUAGAUACAUGUUUUUUUUUUUUUUUAGCCUAACCAUGUUGACUGGUCAUUGAACUAAAUACUGAAUUCUGCGUGUUUAAGACUCCCCAAGCUGGCAGACACAGUGAUAAUAGUGUGAACAUUAUCUGGGGCCCGUCCCCUUCCUGAAAACGUUCUCCACUGUUUUUUUACUUUAAUUUUGGGUCGGAAUGUAGCUAAACCAUCCAAGUGAGUUUGAACUAAAGCAAAGAAAUGUAUCAGGUACCAGCAAGCUGUAGCAACAUUCAUCUCCAGUGCUGUAGUUAAAAUACCUGCUUGAAUUAAUUCAACACAGGAAGAUCAGCCAGUGAGAAUGAUGCUUCUGCUAAUAAAAGGUAAGCCGUGGGUGUUAGAACUUUGGUGAUCACUCCUGUGAUAGUAUCCUAAUGUCUAAGUUAAAGGGCAUCUAGUAUGCUGUGUCCAGUAUGAGGGGUCUAUCUGCAUCAUAGGCUAACAGGUUCCAAGGUUUAUAUUUCAUAUUGAAGAAAGGGAAGCAAUAAGCGUGCUAUUAUUACUAAUGUAUUUGCUUUCAUAAGAACAUGUACAGUAAAAAUGAUUUGUAGAACAUGUUCAUAUUUUUUUUUGUCUGUUCCAAGACUGAGUUUAGGCUGUAAAAAUGGGGUGGAGGAUUUGAUGCAUUGAGGAUUUUGUAUUUGAUGGAUAUGAAAAUAAAAUGGUUCAGAUUUGG